AUGGAAGACAGUUUGGACGGCAUCGGAGGAAUGUCUGACAAUUAUGCGAAUGAUGACUUGUACGUUGUUGAUUCCGGUGAAUCGAUAGGUUGGAUUGAUUUUUUGAACUUGAGCGAGGAGGAUGUUCUCCGCUUUAAUUUUGUAGAUAUUGAUAUUGCAUUUGAGUUCUACCUGCAAUAUGCAAAGCACCAUGGCUUCGGUGUGAGACAUUCCAGAAGCAAAAAACGUGGCGAAGUAAGGAUACGGCAGGAGUUCGUGUGCCACCGACAAGGGUACCGAGCCCUAAAGUUCUACUCGAUGCUUAACCGGCAAAAGAGGCCCAGGGCUGAGACCCGGUGUGGACGUCCUGCAAGGAUGCUACUCCGCAUGGACGAUGAAUCAGGAUGUUGGCACGUUGCAUACUUUUCAGACGCGCAUAACCACCACGUUCUUGAGUUGCGAUUUUCUUCCAUACUCCCAGGCCAUCGGAGGAUGAGCGAAGCAGACAUCGAGCAUAUGAACGACAUGCGCAAAGGGGGUAUUGGCGUCUCACGAAUCCACAGUUUUAUGGCGAGCCUAGCCGGCGAGCAUCAUAAUGUCCCGUACACAAUAAGGUACAUGCACAAUGUAAAUGCGAAGCAACAAAAGGAGGGUGGCCUAGAUGCAGAAUCGUGCCUAAGGUAUCUCCGAGAGUGCAAGGCAAAUGAUUCAGCACUGUACUACAAGGAAAUUAUUGACAGUGAGGGCGUAUUGCAACAUUUGUUUUGGUGUGACAGCACUUGCCAAAUUGAUUACCAGGUGUUUGGAGACGUGGUUACAUUUGAUGCAAUGUAUAAGAAAAACAUUUACCUUUCACCUCUUAUUAUAUUCUCCGGUGUGAAUCACCACAACCAAACGGUUGUCUUUGCCGCUGCACUGGUGGCAGACGAGAAAGAAGAAACCUAUGUUUGGCUGCUUCAACAGUUGCAAACUUCAAUGUAA